GUAUAGACUCUAGAGCUCCAAAUAAUCAUAAUUCUAAAUUCAUUACAAAUAAAUUAUUUGUAAUUAUUUGAAGAACCUAGAAGUCAAAACAAUGAGCUCACGGGACAUAAUAAAUACCAUAUUCGGUGAUUUCCAAAAAAGUCUAGAUGAAGAACAAGAAAUACGUGAAAAAAUCCGCAAUAUCUGCAAAGAUGUGGACCAAGUAUCAAGGGAAAUCACAACAGUAUUGCAAGUGAUACACCAUGAUGAGUCUGCCAUUUCUGCAGCAUGUUUAAUAGCUCGUAAGUUAUUUGAAAAGGCAAAUACUGGCUACAGCAAGUUGAAGGAAGUGGUUCCAUCAGGGGAUUACUAUAAAUACCAUGAUCACUGGCGCUACAUGACACAACGUUACUGCUAUCUUAUUUCUCUCACAAUUUGGUUGGAGAAGGGUAUAUUGGCAACCCUCGAGACUGUGGCUUCUGUAUUGGGUAUAAGUGCAGAGGAGUCAAAGAAUGGCUUUCAUUUAGACAUUGAUGAUUAUUUAGUGGGACUUCUUAAUCUAUGUACUGAAUUGUCACGGUUGGCUGUGAACUCGGUAACCCGUGGGGACUACAACAAGCCAAUACAGAUAUCAAAAUUUGUUAUGGAACUUAAUGCUGGAUUCAGGUUAUUAAAUUUGAAGAAUGAUCACCUGCGCAAGCGCUUCGACGCUCUCAAGUAUGAUGUAAAGAAAAUAGAGGAAGUGGUUUAUGACCUGAGUAUUAGAGGACUUUUUCCUAAGACUGAAUCUGCUUAAUCUGCUUAUGAUAUUACAAUAAAACAUUUAGAAAAAAACUCAUUUUAUUUGACUAACUCAUAAAAUAAAUCCCCUUUCUCUGAACAAAGUUUAUUAACAUGACUAUCAGAAGGGAUCUUCUCAGUAUCCUGUUUGAAACUGGUUUAUGAUGGGGCAGCG